CGUUUUUAUUUUCCAGGAAAUCAAGCGAAAGUUCAGCUGGUCCAAAAGUUGAUCCUGGAGUUUUCAGGUCUGCACACUGAGAGGUAUGAGUGCUUUUUUUGGGUUAUUUUCUCAUGGUGUUUGUCUGAGAGCUUGGUAUCACAAAUAAAAUGAUCUAAUGUGGACUUUAGUCGGACGCUUUAACCCGCCAGUUUGCAUUUACUCAAUUCGACUUUUUCUCCACUUACUGGACCUGACAGCUGACUUUUAACCGGUACAGAGAAACAACAGUUCACAGUUUAAGUGCUUUUUAACUACAUUGGGCUUAUGCAGGAGGAAAUACGGAUAAAUGACAGACAUUAAUAUGCGGAAUAAUUAAGUUUCACGUGAUAGAUAUCCCUGAAAAGAUAAGAGAUAUUUACCUUUUAAAAGCUGCUGAAACUUUGCCAGACAGGUGCUGAUCCAAACAGGCCGAGACCACUUCACGGACGGCUGGUUUAUUCGAUUAUUCGACUUUUAACCGAAUACAACGAAUUUCCAUCCAGUUUAGCUUUGUAGUUUUUCUUGUUUAUUCCUCGAGUAGCUUUUUGAAUCUUUUAAGGCAAUUGUGAAACUUUAUUUAUGUAUAUUUUUUAUUUGUAGUCAAUGUUAAAUAAGCCCCCUACUCUCAUUCAUUUAGCUAGCUAACCGGUAUAAAACUUAACCGUUAGCCAUCACAUAUUAGCAUUUAUAGACAGUCCGUGAGUGUUUAACCGGUUAUAGAGGACUCUUUUAUUAGAGUAAAGGUAGUGACUCCUAAAUAAACACAAUUUUUCACGAAAUUAAAUAGGGGAGAGUGGGCUAAGUUGAGCCAAAGGGGAUAGUUGAACCACCCCCUGUUGCUUGGAAAUGGUAAAAGAAAUUGAUCAUGUGACCAAACAUGGGUGAAGGGGUUUGACACUUAUUUCCCCCCAAAAAACAACAUUUUCCCCUCUUGAAAGUGAAUUUAGUCUGUCAUAAGUUUUAUUAGAAUUGUGUUCAGACCAAAAAAGAUCAUUUUAAAUUUGUUUUAUACAUCAAUUGUGGUAUUUAUGAGCUACAACAUGAGGCCAAAAACCUAUAAAAGUCCAACAUUUUAGCUUAGAGGACUUAUAAAGUCAUAAUGGUAGUUCAGGGGUAAAGUAAAGUAGUCUGAUGAGAGGAUCAGAGUUUCAGUUCAGAUUGUUGAAAUGUUUUACUUUUUCUUUUCUGAAAUACAGCUGUGAAUGUUCUGAAUCACUUAACGACAUUCUCAUGUUAAAACUGCUUUUUACAAAACAGCUUUUUAUCAGUUAUAUGUAAUAAUUGUAACAAAAAGAAUGAUUGUACCAGUUGAAUAGCGUAUAACAGAUAAAAAUACACAUGGAUGUGAAGAAGUGACUGUUAUUUAGGGAGAGAGAAGGUGAGGGAGGGCUAGGGUGGAGACCAGGGGGUAGUAGGGAUACGGCUCAACUUACCCCGCUCCUAUGGUCAACUUACCCCCAAACACGCGGUGAGUUGAUUAUAGGAGACCACUUUAUUUUGGCAUGCUAUAUUAUCAAGACAGUUAUGUUUACACUCACUCUGUUGGUUUUUGCAGGGAUGCACAACAUCUUGAAAUAUAUGCAGAUACACUAGUUAGAGACAAAACUAUGAUCGUGAUCUGAAAUAUGAAAAAUGGCUCAUCUUACCCCACUCUCCCCUAUAAAGCUUUACUGUUAGCCAUCACAUACUAGCAUUUAUAAACAGUCCAUGAGUAUUUAACACGUGUUUGUAACCAGCUGUAGAAGACUCUUUCGAUAAAGUAAAGGUAGUUAAUCCUAAAUAAACAUAAUUUGUCAUGAUAUUAAGUAUAGUUAGAAUAUAAGCUGGAAAAGUACAAAAAAGUUUCUGCAUAAUGAAAGAGAAACAGCUAAAACUUCAAACUUUAAAACUCCUGUGAGGAGCAUAACCAUAGAUUCCUCAUUGGAGCUUCAAGUAAGUCUGUUUAUUGCACCAGUUUGAAAUAAAAGGACUGAUAAAGUCUGUAUGUAUAGUUUUUGUUGGGAACUUUGGUCUCUAAGUAGAUAUUAGUGCCCCCUUGUGGACAAACAUCUAAUGUGUUGGCUGAUUUUGUACAUGUAUAUAACAUAUUUUUAACCCUAGAAAACUCUCAUCCUACUGCCUUUUAACAACAAACGUUAAAGCAGGAAAAAAAAGAAAAUUUCAGUCUUUUCUCUGAUAGUCUUGAGUGUUCGUAAAUCAUAGAAAAGCAUCAGUUUGAUUUUCAGUGUAUUAGGUGCAUUAAACUAUAUAAUUUAGUUGUUGAUAACCUAUUUUUUGUUUUGGAGUGAAGACGGGAAUAAUCUGUCCAUGAAUAGUAUUGGAGAAGAGUGUGGUGUUGCAUUAAGUUCUUAAAAAAGUACAAGUAUUUGAGAAGUGAAAAUUAAGACUGAAACAGUUUUGUUGUGUGUGUUUUUGUCCAGGAUGUCGUCUGUGAGGAUGUCAGAGGGGAGCGUUCAGGUGCAGAGCUGCACGGCUCCACUCUUCUUCAGACAAAGUGAACCUUCCUCGGGGGACGCGAGGAUGUCAGUUUUACUCCUUCAUGGUAUCCGUUUCUCUUCAGAAAACUGGCUCAAGAUCGGCACUCUGGAUGCUCUGGCCAAAGCCGGCUGCAGAGCAGUCGCCAUCGACCUGCCAGGUGAGUCUGAGGGGAACAGAGCAGAGGGUCUGCCGUCAUUGUAACGACGAACAGAUAUUUAUCACUAAUUAGAUUGAACUUUAUUGAUCCUUUAGGGAAGAUUCCGGCAAGAAAUGACCCUGACGCUGAUAAUAACUCAAAGUCUGACAAAUCUCAGACAGGUUCUGGAGUUAUAAGUGGUUUCUGAACUGAAGCACAAAAGACUCUAAAGAGGGAAAUAACUUAAUAACUGGUUAAAAUGUGAAGGACCUGCAGAGACAUGUCUUUUAAGAUGUUAAAAAAUACUUACGCAAUGCAAACAUCUUUGAAAGCAUAUAUUCAGCUGUCAGUUUGUCUUAAAAUUCUUGAAUUCAGAAAAAAAAGCUCAUCUUGAGGGUAAAAAGGCCUUUCUUUAUGUACUCUAGAUGAUAUACUUGUGCUUCCAUGCUCUUCGAGGACAACGAUCCUCAUCUUCUUUCCAGUUUGUAUUUUUCUUUUGUUCCCGCUUUGUUGUCCAGUUCAGGGGAAGCUAGCUUACACUGACAGCGCUGUCAAGUAACGUUAAAGGAUGAUACUGGUGAAGCAUAACCAUGGUAACUGAAGUGCACAUGCGCUGUAUUGUGACUGUAACUACCGUGAAAGCCUUAGUUUAAACACAUAGGCGAGGAGACAGCCUAAGAGGCUUUAUGUGAUGGUCCUGGAUUAACCCCUGAACUUAUAGGACACUUUUGUAUAGGGGACAAAUUUAAGGCAGUGUAUGUAUAUCCGUGUGCUGGUGUGAACACAUGGAGGGAAAGUGGAAGUUGUAAAAGCUUUAGCAUGCGUCUCGUCUUCAUGUGUCACGCCUUUAUUCACAGGGUUAGGGCGGUCUAAGUCAGCGGAGGCUCCGGCUGCUGUGGGAGAGCUGGCCCCUGCGGGUUUCUUGAAGGAGGUUUGUGAGUGGUUGAGUCUGAGUCCAGCGGUGGUGAUCAGCCCCUCCCUCAGCGGGAUGUACUCCCUCCCCUUCCUCAUGCUGCACCAGGAUCUGAUCCGAGCGUACGUCCCUGUGGCUCCGAUCUGCACCGACAAAUUCACAGCAGAGCAGUACCAGAGUGUAAAGGUACCGUCUAAUGAGCCACUACUUAAUAUUCUUGAUAAACGACCACAUGUUUGCUCCUCUUUCGCUCUUUUAAGAGAUAACUCGGGUGACCGUGAUUGUCAGACCCAUUUUCUACACGCUCAUCUCUUUUAUGUGGAUCUAAAUUCAGACACAAGAGGAGCAGAUAUCAUGUUAAUUUAUACUUAAAGAGAUGCUCUUGGCGCCCAACCAUUGAAAAUAUCCCUUAAAUUGCAAACCUUAGUGGAUUAUAGUGAAAGAAAAGCAAGAAGGAGAGAAAAAAGAGUCAGGGCAUCAUGAUGGCUUGAUUUUUUCUCUAGAUGGGGGGAAAAAUAAUGAUUCUUUUUAUCAUUUUAUCUGUUAUUCUUUUCACGUCUGCACCUAGACGUAAAUCACAUCUUAUAAACUAAAAGUCUUUGACGCUCAUUUUUUUCUUAAUGUGGGGUAAAAUAGAGGACAUCUGCAAAAUCCUUUUGACAGCGGGUUGAAUUUCAAAACAAACAAAAUACAAGAACAUAAAGUGAGGAGAACCUUCCCAGAGGAGCUCAUUUAAUGACGCUCUCUUGUCUGUUGUUGUCCCCCCGUGUCUCCUCCAGGUCCCAGCGCUGGUUGUUUACGGGGACCAGGACUCUCAGCUGGGAGAACUGUCACUCAGCAACCUGAGCAAUCUGGCCAAUCACAGUGUGGUGGCGAUGAAAGGGGCCGGUCACCCCUGUUACCUGGACGACCCAGACACCUGGCACAAAGCUCUGACUGACUUCCUGAACACACUGUGAACAUGCUGCACGGGCAGAUUUAACAUUUAGAUUAAUCUUAGAGAGGAGAUGAGAGUCCAGUUUGAAGGGACAGUGUGAAACUGUAUCAAUUAUGUCUAAUCACCUGACAUUAUAAACCUAGAUGAGAAAAUAAGUUGAUUAUUUUAAUCAGAAAGCUUCAGUCGAACGAUUCAAAGAUUUUUUUCCAUCUUGAAAAUGUUGAGGUCAUUAUGUAGCACCAAUUGAGAUCAUAAUAACACAGUGAUGGAGCCUCAGGCCCACUGCUGAACUGAACUUAAAUCACAUUAUGAAUGGAGUGUAAACUUUACUAGGAGACGUAAACAAAAUGCUUUUUUAUGAACACAGCACACCCCAUUGAAGGCAAACACAGCUAAUGCUAUAAGGCCUCCAAACUCACAUUUAUAAAGAAAGUGAAACAAACUCUGACUGACUCUUGAGUAAGAAGACUACAGCGAAGAUACCCACUGAGCAACAGCCGGCUAUUAGACAUCCACUUUUUUUUUAAAUUUUUUUUUAGACCUAACAACUGUUUAGAUUCUGUAUAUUUUUAGAUGGAAUUUAGACGUUGCACUUUAACCCAUCGUUUGAUAACUAUUUAUUUCAAAAAGCAUCUGUGAGUUGCAUAACUGAUCUCCAAGUACUGAACCAAAAUAAUUUUGAUAGUCAUUGAACAAUAUACAGUUAGACCUCUGUUAGCCGGCUAGUCUCAACUUGGUCUAAAUUUAGACUUCUAAAAAAACUUUUAUUUUUAGACCUGUGGUAGCCUGAUUUUACUACUACUACAUUUAGACGCCUAUUAAACCUCUUUUAGACCAAAAAAUACUCAGUGGGUAAACAGUUACUAUAGCAAAGCAGUUGUUACUUGUUGUUAAAGGUUUUAUGACUUGAUGUGAAAGGAAUUUGUGAAAACAAACUUCCAAAUUUUGUUUAUGGAAAAUAAGAUUUUGUAAUGUUUCUUUAUUUUUUUGUAAAAUAUCUUUAUUUUUUUAUUUUUGCCAAAUUAGGAGAAAUUCCUCUCGAAAUAUUCUUCAGAAUUACCGACUAGGUGUGGAUUUGAUUUGAUUUGAUCAUAAGGUAGACGGAGCAGACAGAACAGGUCAUCUGUUAACAUUAACAGUUUUGCUGGAGGGACAACCAAGAGAUUUGGAUGAAAGAUGAUAGAUUUGAGAGCAGCAGGUUGUUGUUGAUGUGGAAUUAUUUUUAAAUGCUGGAAUUCACAAAAGUUUUGUGACUUUGGAAGAGUUCAGGAAUCAAGAUUUGGUUUAUCAACGCUAAUAAUUGAAGCUACUGUGAGGAGUUUUCAUGUUGUAAAACAGGCUGAAAUAAGUUCUGAUGCAUAACUAUGGUGUAAAAAAGCAAAUGAGACUCGAACCACAUUUUCUAUGUCGUAAUUUUUAGGGUAGGUACGCUGAGGAAACAGUCAUUGUUACCAUUUUCUACAAACAUUCAAAGCAAUCAAUAAAUUGAACUGUAAAAAGAAACAGGAGGAGGACUUCUGUCAAUCAGCAUCUCUCUCUCAAGGACAAGAUUAUCAAGAGUCGACUCUUCUCUUUUCGCAUUGGUGUAGGAUGACGUUACGCCACGUUAUGUUUAGGGAUCCUUACAAACUUCAGUCAGGUAGGAUGAGAGCUUGUUUUAAAAUUUAGCAGACACAGGAAUAGAGUUUAGUCCACGCAUGUAGAGAGAGGCAGAUUUCUGGAGGAGUGAGGUCCACGAGGAAACUUUCAUCUACAGAGGAUUUUGAAGCCGACUCUGAGAAUAAAACACCACACACGGAAAUGAAGUGAAAAAUAUGAACAUUAUUUAAUAACUGAUUCUCUGUAAUAAACAAUUUGAAAAUAUUUUACAAGGAGUCACAGACACAAUAUUUUACAAAUUUUGCCCUCUUUUUUUCUUUUUUAGCUUCAUCUGUACAAAAGAAUGGAGCGACAUGGACCAGUGCCCAGAAAAGAAGGAGCUAAAUCUUUCACGCACACCAACAUUCACUCUCACACACACACGAGAAAUAAAAAAAACAAACAAAAAUAAAAUAAAACUUCUUGACUUCAGAUCUCAAACUUAUCAACAGUGCUGUAUUCCUAUAUUUAUUUAUUUUUUUACUUCACCUAAAAUCCGACUGAUUUUUCUUCUUUUUUUUUAUAUUCUCUAAGUGUUGCUGAUAUUUUUUCACACACUUGGUCAAACAUGGUCACAUAGCACCAGACUACAGACUACAGAAUCACAUACACACGUGUCUUUCCCACAGAGACGCACCAACACAGAUGCAGCGAGGGUCAGGAGGAGGCGAGAGGCUUUAUGAAAACCAUCCCCCGCACUUAUUUCAGGGUUCCUGUCCCAAAAGCUGACUGCUUCCUCUCCUCCCCACGCUAGCCCAAUUUUUCUCUAUUUUCUUUCUUUUUUUUUUAUUUGGCAAAAGUAAAUUUGUUAAACCACAGAAGUUGUGUGUUUUUUUCUUAACGCGAUGCGCACAUGGAUCCUCUGAAACCUUCAGGCCCGUGCUGCUCUGUGGAGACCCACUCCCUGAGCUUUCCUCUGACAUUCUGCCCUCUCGCAAGAAUUAAAGCACACCGGCAAGUCCUUGGCUUACUUCUGCCUGGUGCGUGACAUCUCCCAGCUGGGCAUGAAUAAGUGUCAUUAAAUGUUUGCUUACAGCUGAGUGUCUGUCUGUGUGUGUGUGUAAAGGUGCAAAAAAAAACAAAACAGUAGGCCUACAUCGUUAGUGUGCGCACAGAGGUCAGGAAAAGAGAGGAAGUUGCAGGGGGUACAUUUCCACAGGCAUGUGUAGCGUUCAUUUAUAGACAGUGAAUACUGGGAUAUACAGACAGAGUUUAUGGCACAGGACAGAGACAAACAAACGCUGAGAAAGUCAAACUGCAGCCAACCUGCCCGCUGAAUUUAGAAAAACAAACAUCCAAAGGUGCCAAAUCAGGAUUUCUCUUCAGAUUUGCUGCGCUGCAGUUACUCUGCCGGCAUGUUUGUCACAUCAAAUAGUACCAAUAACUGUACAGUGUGUGUAGUUACGGUUCAAAUCGUCAAGUGAGUCCUCCCACCUGAGCAAUACAGCAGAAUUUGUGGGUGUGAACAUCAAAGGUUGAAGGCCUUUUUUCACUUUUUUAUUUUUUUGCAAAAUUUAACACCCCCACCUGCUUUCAAGCUUUUAAAAUCAAACAGGCAUCGAUCAAAAACGAAUCAUUCCAAGACGUAAAAAUACUGAAAUCAGAGUUCACUACACUUACUGCAGAAACACCAAGAAAACUCAGGGGGAGCGUGUGUUUGAAGGAUUUUCUUUUUGUGUGUGCAUGAGAGAAGAGUGUAAAUGAGGAGUGGGGAAACGAUAUCAGAGCUCCGUGCUGAGUAACACUAAGGCAUUUUCGAGAGGCUUUGUUUACUAUGUUGCAUCUGAAGCAGAAAACACUGAUGAACUACACAUUCUCUCAGACACCUCUGCUCUGUAAAGAUUAAUAUUUACGCAGACUAAUGUUUUAAAGAUGGUUUCUUUUUGUUUUCACCUGUUUUUUACUCCACCACCGACACAACACUGGAUUUUUUGUACGUUUGCAACAUAGGAACAGGAGAAAAAACAGCUCUGCUACCACAACUGUCACCCCGCACGCAAACUCACUCAAAAGACAUUCCCUUUGAGGGCUUUAUAACACACACACACACACACCAAACAUACACACACACAAACACAUACAGUUCAGGCAGAACUAUAGCAGUCAGGUGGCCCUAAAAACGCUCUACGGCCAGUUAAGUCGCUGCAUACUGAUGGUGUAUCGUAGCUCUAUACAUGGCUCUGUCGAGACACCAUAUAGUAACUCCAUAUGAUGGCAGUCAGGUGGCUCUGGAGGAGGGGGGCAGAUACAUUAAACUGUGUGUAAAGCUAUUCUCAUAGACUUACAAGCCAAAGCCAUGAAUACAGCUGCUUUAUGAAGGUACUAUACGGUAACUCUACUCUUAAACAGCCAGUGUGGUCCAAAACAAAGUGCAUCAAGGCACUAUGAAACAGAGCGGCUCCUAAACAUGGGAGUCUAAAUGACUUUUCACACACCGUAAUGAUCAAAUGAGAAACUGUGACCGAUUAUAACCAGACUACUACUGCACGUGAUCACCAUAUUUAGUUGCCUCUUUCUGCACUUUUGUUGGAGAGUGUUGAUAAGCCCCUAUACCCCAGCAGCGAACGGUUACUGAAGUUUUCAACAGCAAUCAGUCUUAAGAAAUAAAGGCCCUCCCAAGAAAUGAAAAGAAGUAAAAACGCCAUCUAGGAACGACGACUAUGAGACGGUCAUGAGGCAGAGAUUUCGCUGUGUCUGUUUGUGAACAGAAGUAAAGCACAUUUACAAAUCCAGAUCAGGAGCGUUAGUCGAGGUUAACAUGAGAAGCCUCAUGAAGACUGGCAGAGGUGAGCUGAGCUUCAAAGAGCGCAGAGAUUUCUCUUUUUUUUUUUUUUUUAACAUCAAUCCGAACCAGAGGUCAGGACGGUCAAUCAAACACAAAGAGGAACGAGACAUCCACGAAUCUGCAGGAACCAAACGCUGAGUCAUGUUAUGCAGCUCUCGCUAAGCCAGAUAGCGCUCGCCUUAAAUAGAUGCUGUUAAGAGUACUUCAUGAAACGUGAUUAACAUCAUGCAAUCACAAUAAUCCUCAGUAGACGUCUUUUAAAAAGCUGGGAUCUAUUUAUCAGGCGCCACACAAAACGAAUCAGCGUUCAGGUUCUGAGCGUGUCCUCUUCCUCUGUCCUAAAUCUUAAUGUGAAGCCGUUUUCCUCCUCUCCCGUUUUGGCUAUAAAAAUAAGAUCACAUGAAAGUCUAUCUCAUUUUGGCAAAUAGAUAUAGUGCAUAAAUUAAUUCAUGUCUUUGUGAGAUAACACCUAACGACUUCCAUUUCAAAUUAAAAACUAAAUACACCGUUUUUUUUUUUUGGAAUACUCAUCACUUCAGCGGUUUAUACUCGACAUUUUUGUAUACGUGACAGUUCUUUUUUUCAUUUAUUUUCUUUUAUGGCGGCUAUAAGUGGCUGAAUGGUCCACAGCCUCUGACCAGAGGCGAAUGACAGAGCAGAGAGACUCUGAGAUGGAGGAGAGAAGAAGGAGGAGAAGAACCUCACUCGCCUGUCUGACAGACAGACGACCUCGACUCUCCAGUCUGUGUGAGGUGGGAGGUCUGUUUAGAGGACGUCCACCCGUCCUCUGUUCCUUUCUCUCUCUAGGAUGGUGGCGCAGGAUGACUGUGGAGGGGUUUAUUUUCUCUUUUCUGACGUAGCCUCUGAUGAUCCAGGUGGAGCGGCACCCCAGAGGCGCCUCCUCCUGCGGAUGAAGGUUAACUGGCUGAGGACACAGACGCCCGGCAGUCGUCACUAAGCGACACAAACUGAAGCAGGCUGGGUAGCGCGGCGCUCAGGGCUUCCAUUUUGCUGUGAUGGGAAGUCCCAUUUUAACCUAUGACUAUAACAAGGGAGGGGCUGAGGGGGGGAGGAGGUGAGGUCGAAGGGCUUCAGGUCGGGGGGAGGUGGGGCUAUAAGGAGAAGCAGGGCAAAAUGGAAUUAAUGUUGUAGUGAGUGGAUGUGGGGGGUGACAGCAGGGUAGAGGAGGAGCAGCUGGAGGAGCAGCAAAGUGUAGAGAGACGGACGGAAGGAGUGUCCUCGUCCACAGUCUGACGUGUUCUCCUGCAGAGGACAGAAGGAGCUGUUAGUACAUCUGUGUACACGUCUGCAGACGAAAGAAUAUUUCUCUUUUAUUUGUCUGUCUACAUCUUUAACCCAAAGACUGUAAAUCAAAGUGUUCACUUCAUAAUAUUUUAUGUCAUUGUUGUCGUGCUGAUUGCUUGUUUGUUGAUUAUAAGAUUGUUUGCUAGACAAACAUAUUUAUGUUUAGAUCGUAACUAGGGUGACAAUAUGUCCUCUUUUACCCGAACAUGUCCUCUUUUUUGGGGGCUGUCUGGGGAAGUUUAUAAAAUCUUUAAAUGUCUGCGGUUUUGCACACAAGUUUCAAGUUUGUGUCACAUGGGCUUAUGAAGUUAGAAGCGCGCAAAAGACACUUGAUCCAACCUGAAAAACUCUUAAAAUUAACUUUGUGACUCCGCGCCUUGUGUCUCCUUUUUGGGAAGUCAGAAUAUGGUCACCCUAAUCAAAACACACCUGCGGAGAAGCCUCUCCAAUUUCAUUGAGUAUAAACCUGCAUUAUGACAAAGAAAGGCUAUUCUGUCUGUGUCUGUCUGUGAAGUCAGAAGAUUUAGAGCUCCCCCUACUGGCUGGCUCCAGUACAGCUCAUAAACUUCACCUCCACAUUAUUAACAGAUACUAUCAUUACUGGGUUUCUGACACUACAGUUAGUUCCCAUUACGCUGAUUUAAUGCUGCGUUCCAGUCGUACUCGGAAGUCAGAAUUUUUGAGCUCGAGUCAGAUAUUCAACUCUACCUGUAUGUCCUAUAAGUAUUUAGUCUUCUCUGACACUCACCUGCUUGACAAAUCUAACUCCUCACACUUUUUGGAAAUCAAGAAUCAACGCUCAAGUGUAUCGUUUCAAACUCAAAGAAAGUAUGUAUUAAAAUCUUACAGCGAUGUUAUUGUCGAAACAGGUGGAGGGUCCUUUUCGAUAGCGAGCCACAGUCAUUUCUUCACACGGAUUCUCCUCCUUGUCUGAAAAUUAUCUGAGUUAAGGAAAAUUAAAAAUCCCUUUUCCUGCUUUUUUUCACUCGCUUCUCAUGCAUUCACACCAAAGUGAAAGAGUGAUCAUUAUUCAGCCCACUGUGACUAAAAUAACCUUGAAAUGAACGUGAAACAUCUGUGUUUUCACAGUAGGGGUGAUAUAUAGAUAAAAUCAGGUGAUUAGAGAGUGCCUCUUCUCCUCUGCCAGCUGGUGAACAAAGUGAACAAGGAUACACUCCUCCUCCUCCUGGGACAGCUUCUCUAUCUCGCAGGUGUUGCAUGGCAGCUUCUCCGCCACCACGAACAGCAAGUUGGUGUUGUUUAUCCUCUUGGCGUGAAUCAGCCUGCAGAAAAAGAGAGAGAGAGAGAAAGAGAGAGAGAGAGAGAAACUCUGUCAACAGCCCCCCUGCUCGCUUACAUCACAGGCUCAUUUACUAAUGGAUCAGUGAGAUUCAUGAGAUGCUCUUAUGAGGCUCAUUUAGCCCAUGAUAUGACCGUUUCAUUAAGGAUGAGACGCUUUAAUCAUCGGUGGAGUUUAUUAGCUCACACAGAAAGAUGAAUCUGUCUCGCUAACUGUACUGUCACAGCACAGCUCUUUAUGGACUGUGUGUGUGUGUUUUUAUUACUCAGUGUGUAUGUGUGUGUGUGUGUGUACAGACCUGGAGCAGUUGCCACAGUCUUGUAGGAUGUUGUAGGAGUUGCUGAGAUUGCUCAAGUAGUACUGAGUCUGGAUCAUUACACAACUCCGCUCUUUGGUGUCGUAUCCUUCAGCAUCCACCUCAUCUGCAGCAUCAGCAGAGCACAGACACAUCAGAGUUACACUUGUCACUGCGACUGAUUUAUGAGAGCGAAAUCUGGAGAUAAGAAGGAUGUAUGUCGACGCAAAAAGUUGUAAAAACUGUAAAAAAAAAAACAAAACAAAAAAGUUUCUUUUUUUAGUUUGAACUUGUGGGCUAAAAAAGUGUGUUCUUCUUUUUACUCGUAAAUAACCAAACCCUCAGAAAGUGCACUUUAAAAAAAAACAUCCUAACAUCACAAUGCUCUACUUUGCAAUACGCUACUGACACACAGACAAACUGAUUAAUCUGUUAUAGUAUGCAUCACUGUGGACACAAUAUUGUGACAGUAACUGCCUUAUGAGUCCACUAGAUGGUGCCUCAUCUGUCUCUUAUGAGAAGAAGUUGUUCAAUGUCAUGUUAAGUGUUUCUCUAAUUAAAGAAGUUUAAGUCCUGUUGUAAAAGGGAGAGUGUCUAUAACUGUACCAGUCACAUCAGUGAUAAGAUGUUAAAUCUUAGUAAGCUCUGAACGACUGACACCAUUAUGUUUGACAUUAUUGAGAAUUUAAUUCAGGUUGAAAAAAGAAAAUAAAUCACAGCACACGUGGUUCAUAUCUUUUUAAAAAAGCCCCAAAAAUACAACUUAAAAAAGAACUCAAAUUCACUUUAAUAAUAACCUACCUUCAUUUAUCAUGUCAAUUUAAUGAAAAAUUUGACUCAUGUGCAGCUUUCAUUAAAAAAUGUACUGUCCAAUUAUGAUAAUUGUGAAAGAACAUAGAGAUAUGGUUAUGAUCUCAUUUCUGUUCCGGGAGUUUUUCUUCUUAGAUUUGAGACGUAAAAGUAUGGCUUGAUUUUCUCACGAUUUUAUCCUCAUGAGAAACUGACUUUGGAAAAAUGUGUAACUCUUAAAAAAUAUUUACUGAGGCCUCUAAACAAAUAAAUCUGGUCCUUUGUGUUAAACUUCCAGCAGCACCACCUCCAUUAAAAAAAAAAAAAAACUUUAAUUUUAAUUUGGAGUCCAGUGUGUCAUUAGUUUAUGAUUUAAUUUGUGUAUUCCUGAUGUCUCUCUUUUACUUGACUGUGUUCUGAGUAUGCACACAGCACUGCAGUCUCAUGCCCUUGUUUUGGCAUUGGGAGGUCUUUUUAUAUGCUCAUUAAAAACAACAGGCAACAGGGACAAGCAUCUAUUAAUUUAAAAAUACACAGUGAAUGAUUCUGCUAGUUAAUGGCAGGUUUUUAGAUUAGCAUUUUGUCUAAAUAACUUUCAGACAAAAUUUAAUAAAACUCAUCAGAGGAUAUAGGCGGAUGACACCCAAAAGGGCUGGACGAUAAACCGAAAAUUUACCGAUCCCGAAAGUUACGACAACAACUAACGUAAUUUUGCCCAUGUCAAUAUAUUCGGUGUCAAAUAAAUAAAUAAAUAAAUAAAAGUUGGAUUUGGAUGUGUGUAGGUAGGCUAUGGUCUCAUGUCCCUUUAAGACGCUGUCCUACACCAGAGAUGUGACUCCAUCCCAUCCAGUCCGUAACAAAGAGGGAAAGACAGGUGAGGAGAUGGAUGACGGUUCAACAGUUGUAGCGGUUGUAGCGGCGACUGAAGUAGACAAAGUUAAUAUGGGAGGGGGUGAGCAGCUUGUGGAGUAGUUAUCGUCUAUUUAUCGUUAUCGAGGUGAACUGCUCAAUAUAUCGUGAUAUUGAUUUGAGGCCAUAUCGCCCAGCCCUAAGGCCCAAUCUUCAAACUUCAUUGCAACAAAGUAUCACAAACUUUCAAGCCAAAAUUUGAUGGCUGUAUGUUGCACCCACCUGUGACAAACCAACUGUGAUAGGCUAGUCCAUAUAUGAACUGUUGAAACAAGGACCUGUAGAAAUAAAGGAGCAUGAUAACAAAUUUGAACACUGAGUUUUAGGGAUGUGCUUUUGAAUGUCAAAUAUAAUCAUAUUUCUCAGGUGUGCGAUGGAGGACUCUCACCAUGCAGCUGCAGACGUCCACCAAGCUAUGUUGACAAAAUCUGCGAUUGUAGGCUGCAGAUAAAAGAGAUGAUGAAAAUCAAAAUAUGUACAUUAUAUUAAAAAAACAAUUUUAAUGAAAUAGUUUUAUCGAGUUCCUGUUUUUACCACAAACACUCCUCUGGGUGCAGCUCCAGCCUCACUGUUAGGAACCCGCUCACACACAGACUGGUAGUCAAACGACUGCUUCCGGUUGUAGAAAGAGUUGUUGUAAAGAGCGUACAUCAAGUAGGGAUCGACAUCACUAAAGAACAUCCCAACCUGUGGAAACAAUAGAAACAAGAGUCAAACUGGGUGUCAAGAUUAGCAGUGAAAACUCAGUCGGUGCUGACGUGGAGGUAUCAGCUUCACCUUGUUCCAGUCAUCCUUCUGAUUGGACAUGACGAGGAAUCCGCCAUCGUCUAUUAAAUAGCACAGCAGAUCCUGCAAACAGAGGCAUGAAAUGUUGAGUGCUGUGACACAGCGGGUCAAAGUAAAACCAGGAAGCACAUUAAAGGGAUAUUCCGGCGUAAAAUUAAUUUAGGGUCAAACACACCAUAACACUGAGUUAGACACCCCCUCGAGAGAUGAAUGUUACUGACCGCUUGCUUCUCUAGUUAUACCAACUUCAGCAACAACUGCACAAUAGCAAUACACAGCGGUCUACAUCUCCACGCACAAACCUCAACCAAAAAGCCAUAAUAAAAAUCAUAAUCAUUUUGCACUGCAGACGCAGUAGUUCUUCUGCCUUAGCGUCUCGGUCUGAUUGAUUUUCCAUGAAGAAAUGAUCAUAAAUGUUCUUCCUUGAGCUGCGAAACCCUGCUGCACUCAGUGAUUGACUCGUCAGGUCUCCCUCACAAACAAGCAGCUGCUGGAAGAGAGUAGGUGAGUUGGGUUUGGUCUCUUUGCUAAAGAAAUUAGGCAAAGCUAAAAAGAUGUUAGGUGGCUAGUACUAUGGCUGGGACCCUAUAUGUACUGUUGAUGAAGUUAGGUGCUGUUCUGAGCAUUAUUUGUGGCUAUAGAGUGGCGUUUUGGUUGAUGUGUGCGCGUGGCUCCAUAGACCGCUGUGUAUCGCUAUCCUGCGGUCGUUACUAAAGUUGGUAAAACUAGAGAAGCAAAAAGUCGGCAACAUUCAUCUCUCGGGGGUUGUCUAACUCGGUGUUACGGUGUGUUUGACCAUAACUUAAUUUUACGUCGGAAUACCCCUUUAAAGAUCAGCAACAAACUUACAUCACUGUUGGCCUCACAGUCCAUUUCACACACACGGUUUGGUCCACACUGUCAAAGAGAAAAAAAAGAAGGUUAGCAGACUUGUAGACUCAGAGUAAAUAUAUGUGCUCUGACUUUAAGAGAGAUAGAGUUACCGUAUUUGAACCCUGGCGGUUGUCCGUGUGGUUGC